GCUCGCUGGCCGCUCUCAUGCCCGCUGCCGCCGCCUCCGCCGCCUUAUCGAUUACAGUCGCCGCUCUCAAUCCCAGAUCAUCUCCUGACCCCGCCCUCCGGCUCUCUGACCUCCGACCCUCCCCCUCCCCCUCUCUGCCCACCCGGAACCGGAAGCCGACGAGGCCGAGCUCAGGCUGAGAUGCAGCCACAAGAAGAAAAGCAGUUGGAGGCAUCUGUGGACGCGAUUAUCAGCCGGGUGGCUGACCUGAAAAGUUCUUUGGCAGCUUUCAUCUUCAAGUUAGAGAAUGAAUUUGAACGUAUGAACUGGCCCUCAGUAUUGGAUAACUUUGCCCUGGUAUCUGGGCAACUGAACACCUUGAACAAGCUCCUGAAAAAUGAUAAAACACCACUCCUAAGAAAUCAGGUCAUCAUUCCACUGCUACUUUCUCCGGACCGUGAUGAUGAAUUGACGAAGCUAACAGAGGGUCGAGUUCCUGUUUUCAGUCAUGAGGUGGUUCCAGAUCAUCUCCGGACUAAACCAGAUCCAGAGGUAGAAGAACAGGAGAAGCAACUGAGUGCAGAGGCAGCACGCCUAGCGCCUGAUGUAGCUCAGAAGCACAUCCAGGCAUUGAACAAAAUGUGUGGCAACCUACUUGACAAACUCAACAACACUCGGGAGGAGCGGGAAUCCGAGAGUGGAGCUUUGCGGCAGAACAAGCAGACAUUUAACCCAGCAGAUACUAAUGCUUUAUUGGCGGCAAUUGGAUUUGGGAAAGGAUUGUCCAAACCGAUCAGACCAACGCCCCAAGGUGGGCCAGUCUCAUCGGGUCAGUCUGUACCAGGUGCUGGUCUACAGGGGGGUCCAAGCAUGGCACAGGUGUCAAUUCAAAGUGGGCCUAACCAACAAGGAAUGCAAGGCCAGGUUCCAUCACAGCAAGGCCAGCCAGGUAAGAUGCCAAGCACCAUAAAAACCAACAUCAAGUCUGCAUCAAUGCACCCAUAUCAGAGAUGAACCAGUUACAAUUGAGUAUCUACGAGUCUCAAGAAUAAGAACUGGAUCAAAUGAGAGUUAGUCUGCCAAGUAAAGAACUUUAAAAAAGGAUGUUGUUAUAAAUUGACAUUUUUGUAAAGCCUGAAACAGCCAGCGGUGAAAGUUUGUUUUUUUGGCAAAUUGAGAAGCCUGUGCUCUAAUGAGCUCUACAGUAUUUAAAUGUUAACUUUUUUAAACUUACUGAAAUAAUUAUAACACUGCACUUGAGAUGACUCAGUGAUCUUGCAUGUAACAUCACAUUGUCCUGGUGCUCUUGACCCUUGACUAGGUUCUUACAAGGGGCAUCCUAGAGUUCACUAAAUCUGUUUCCAGCGGUGUCCUGGAGUAGGUGAACUGUAAUCGGAGAAUUACCAUUUCUGUUAAUCAGAAUGGUCAGCUGGUACAUGUUUUUGCCCAGAAGGUUACUAAAGUUUAUUAAUGACUGUG